GCGGCGCCGCACCACACGGUCAGGUGGCGUUCCGUGGCCGGCGGCGCGGCAGCCUGCGGGUUGGUGCGGUCGGGUGCGAGUGCCGCACGCGUGGGAAUCAGGCGGCAGUCCAUGCGGGGUGACGCCGGCGAUGGGUCCUCUCGCCACCCUCGCCGGCGGGGCGUAAGCACGGCCUGGACGUGUGACGCCCCAGCAGUAAAGAUACAGAUCUUUCGAGACUUCCAGUCAAGUGCAGCACCGCGUUUCGGACUCGCGGGGGCUGAGUAGAGCUGGGCAUGAGCGGUCUGACUCGCGGAGGCUGAGACGAGCUGGGCGUAAGCGGAUACAGGCGUCGCCUUGUGUUCAACCUCAGGGUUUCCUCGCUGGCAACGAUGGGGUCAACCCCCUCAAAGAAGGAUCGUGUCGAGGAGAAGCCGGCCAUCAAAGGUGACGAAGAAAAGCCCAGUUACGGGAGCAUUGAUCAAAGUUCCACGGAACCGACGGACCAAAAGAGCCCAGAAUCAAACACGACCAACGGCGCUGCAACGGCAGACGCUGAAAAAGGCAAGGCUAGUGAAAAAGCGAAGACGCAGAAAAGCGGAGGGAGUAAGGAACGACUUAUCGACGAGGACGGCGAGCCCAGAAUAUAUGACCCAGAUUUUACCGGCCCAAUCAAGCAGAGAUCAUGCACAGACAUACUGUGCACAAUUCUUUUCAUCGCCUUUAUAAUUGGCUGGGCCUGCAUCUCCAUAUUUGCGCUGAUCUACGGCGACCCCCAACUGCUGCUGUACCCGACUGACACGGCGGGCAAGAAAUGCGGCCACGACCCGGGCGUGGAGGACAAGCCCUACCUGCACUUCUUCGACAUCUCCAAGUGUGCCAACCCUGUAGCCUUAAUCGCCGGCUGCCCAACGCUGCAGGUGUGCGUGAAGAAAUGCCCAAGCACCAAUUUCUUCGCCUCACCGUUUGCGUCUGAGGAGCAGUUGUGCGUGCGGGAUGUGCGCGAGCGCUUCUACUGCCGGCCGGGGGUCGACGCGACGGAGGAGGCCAGCGGCGGAGGGUUCGCCCGCACCUGCCAGAGUCUGCUGGCCAGGGACUGCGCGCCGUACACCGUGGCCAGCGCACCAAUCUUGGACCGGUGCGUGCCCACAUUGGGGGCGGAACAGGUCGUCAAUGGGACCUUGGUGGACAGCAACAACAAGACUAUGGGGGAUCUGUCGCUGCAGAGCAUCAUGACGGCCUGCGAAAACCUUGGCUCCUUCCUCAAAAUCAAAGGGUUCGGUCAGGAUGUCGGCAAGGACUUCCAGUCGGCAUGGUGGGUGAUUGUGGUAGCGCUCAUCGUCUGCAUGUUCGUCUCCCUCCUCUGGAUUCUGCUCAUGAGGUGGUUCACCUCCAUCAUGGUCUGGACUGCACUCUUCGGCUCGCUGGGAGCCAUCAUAUACGGAUGUGUCUACACUUACCUGAGGUAUGACAGGCUGAAGGAUACGGAGACGAACCAGCCCACGGACAACAGCAAAGCGAUGACAGUCAACGCCUUCACGUCCAGCGCCAGUUCCCUCCUCCAGCAGAAGAACACGUGGCUGGCCUUCUUCAUCUGUCUGGUGGUCCUGGGCGUGAUUCUGUUGCUCUUAAUCAUAAUUCUCUUCAAGCGACUCAGGAUCGCCAUUGAAGUCAUCGAAGAGGCCAGCAAGUCAGUGACGUCGAUCUUGACGACGCUGUUCUUUCCGCUGGUACCGUGGCUGCUGCAGCUUGUUGUAGUGGCCUUCUUCAUCACCAUGGCCCUCUACAUUGCCUCCAUGGGCACCUCAGAGUACCGCGUGACGGCUCUGCCCGACGACUGCACCAACGGCUGCUCCAAUUUCGCAAUGAAUGAAACCUGCAAUCCGGAGGAAUUCAGUAAGACCUGCCUCAGCCAGUGCCCAGAUGCCGAGUGCACCUUCUACGGCUAUAACAAGUUCGAAUCCAUUCCGUACCUACACUUCUACAACCUAUUCGCUCUGCUGUGGGUGAUGUUCUUCGUCUCGGCCAUGGGGGAGAUGAUUCUGGCGGGUGCCUUCGCGGCAUGGUACUGGACGUUCGAUAAGCAGAAGAACCUGCCCGCUCUGCCCCUGCUCAGCAGCGCAACCCGAACACUGCGGUACCAUAUCGGCACGCUGGCCUUCGGCGCUCUCAUCAUCGCCAUUAUACGCCUGAUCCGUCUGAUUUUGGACUACAUCGAUAAAAAGUGUCAGCAGUACCCCGGGAACCAGGUUGUAAAGGUGAUAAUGUGCUGCUGCAAAUGCUGCAUGUGGUGUUUGGAGAAAUUCAUGAAGUUCAUCAACAGAAAUGCAUACAUCAUGUGUGCCAUCUACGGGAAGAACUUCUGCACAUCUGCCAAGGACGGCUUCAAUCUCAUCAUGCGGAAUAUCCUACGCGUCCUGGCAGUUAACUCGGUGUGCGACUUUCUGCUGUUUCUGGGCAAGAUUCUGAUCACGGCGGCCGUGACGGUCGGCUCGUUCUACUUCUUGGACAACCGGAUCCCGAUCAAGGGUCUGGACACGGUGGUGCCAGAGACGCAGAACAGCUGGGUGCCCACGAUCACCAUCGCCCUCGGCUGCUACUUCAUCACGUCGCUCUUCUUCAGCGUCUACGAGAUGGCCGUAGACACCAUCUUCCUCUGCUUCUUGGAAGACAUUGAGCGCAAUGACGGCUCAGCGGAAAAGCCUUACUUCAUGUCAAAGGACCUGAUGAAGCUGAUCGGCAAGAAGAAUAAGCCGCCACCUAAGUCUCCGCCGACCUAGAGUCUGCCUAGGAUCAGUACCUGGAGGCGUCCGCCCCUCUCUGUGUUGUGACUAUAUGCCGACGCCGACGGGGUGCUUGCUGAUGCCUUGUGCCUCGGUGUCAGUCCUGCUAAGCUGUGUUUUUGACCUCAGGUUAUUGUGAUGGCUCUAAAUCUGUGCCUGCUGGUCAUGUGGCGAGCCAUUUUUUCUUCUUGGCUAGGAUGAGUUUGCCGAGUUCAUUCCGUAAUGUUGCAGCAGACUGGUGUGUAAGGUAUUGUCGAUCAUAUGUUGUCAUUGACACUAUUUCAAUGAUGCGAGAAUUAGAGAUUAAUGAUGCCAUGGGACUUUAACAAAAGCGGCGCCCUCCAUGCUUUUGGUAAACAGUUAUUGGUCGCUGCCAUAUUUUUUCUAAAUUCAACAUUCUGUUUGCAAGCCAUGUCAAGCAGCACCAGGCACCACUGCAAGCGUCCUGUCAAUAGUUGCUUCAUAUAUUUAAAAGCCAAUCUGACAGCAAGAUUGUUUGAAGUCUUUAGUUCAAAACAAACCGCGCUGUAAGCUUUCGUGACAACUGUAAGCAAUGUCUUGCCUUAGACUAGAAGCAAGCAGUACGCUGGCAGCUAGGGUGUAGUUUGUUUUGUUUAUUGUUGUUGAAGUGCUCUGCACGGCGUUAUGAGUUACUUUUGUUGGUGCACUGUUAAACACGUGUAUGCACCAACUGCCGUGGCCUUUGUGUACGUAUGCUGUGGCAAAGGAAUUGAAAUUUAUCAUUCUGUAACAUAUAAUAAGUUAGCGUUGUAGGUUUUGAGUGAUUGGUCAUGAGUUCAGGUCAUACCAUGAUUUUGGUGUUCAUCAUUUAAA